AUCUCCUCUCUCUCUCUCUCUCUCUCUCUCAUAUUUAUACACUGUUUGGUUUGAUAUUUCAUAAGUAGUUACUAUACUCUGUUUCGACCAUGUUUUCUAGGGACACUGCUCGCACUGUUGUUGGUAUCAUUGGGAACGUGAUUUCCUUCAUCUUGUUCUUGUCACCCGUGCCGACAUUUGUGAAGAUAUGGAAGAAGAAAUCGGUGGAGCAAUUCUCGGCGGUGCCGUACCUGGCGACGUUUGUGAACUGCGCGCUGUGGGUACUGUACGGGCUGCCUAUGGUACACCCUCACAGCCAGCUGGUGGUGACUACAAACGGCAUCGGCUUGGCCAUCGAGAUCGUCUAUCUCUUACUCUUUCUCAUCUACUCCGACGCCAAGAAGCGCCUCAGAAUACUGUUCAUCAUCGUCGUCGAGAUUGUGUUCGUGGCGGCUCUGGCUGUUCUCGUCCUCACUCUGGCCCACACCUGGAAACUCCGCUCCGCCAUUGUUGGUAGCAUUUGCAUGGUCGGUAACAUCAUGAUGUAUGCCUCUCCCUUGGCCGUCAUGAAACUGGUAAUCAGUACGAAGAGCGUGGAGUACAUGCCGUUUUUCCUUUCUUUGUUUUCCUUUGCCAAUGCUGUCAGCUGGACUGCCUAUGCCUUCAUUCGCAUCGACCCCUAUAUUCUGGCACCAAAUGGAAUGGGAGGACUACUUGGGCUGGCCCAACUCAUUUUGUAUGCAUUGUACUACAAUUCUACAAAGAGGAUUAUUGCAGAGAGAGAGGCAGCAAAAGGAGAAGUGGGCUUGGCCCACAAGGGAGACACCAAAGUACCCAACAAUGAGCCUUGAAAUAAACUCAGGAAGAACACAAAGCAGUUGGUGUUGCUUGGUUACUUAGUCUAUUGCUUUCUCCCAUUUUAUCUUUUUGUUUUUCAGUGUAAUGCUCCUCUCUCCUUAGAGUCAAUGAACUCGGUUAAAAGUGAAGGAGGGUUUAAACCUUAAACAAUCAUGACCUGUGUUACAGCAAAAUGUUGUGGUACACCAAAUAUAGUCUUGAAUUUUAUA